AGGGAGGGAGGGAGUUAGGGAUAGAGGGCAAAUUGACUCACAAUUUUGUCAAAAUAAAAUAAAAAGGGGAACAAAACCUUGCUUGCUGAAAGUAUUACUAAAUGUGGAAUCCAGAUUACCUGUCUUUGCCAGGCGUCCGUCUCUGACAAGCAGAGAAAAUCCUUCUGUUUCCACAUUAAAGGAGUACUUACUGGGAAUACAACCCCCCUUUUCAGGUCUGGGCCUGGCAUGGUUGCCAGGGUGACUAGACAGCAGCGCAGUCAUCACACACAUUUUCUCUGAGCAGGAUUCAGGAAAUCAGACGAAAUCAAAUUGAAGAAUACUAUUUAAGAUUUCUUCAUACAAUGACUACUGUACGGCAAAGAAAGAGAACAAAUGCUUCUGAGCAAAAUCAGAUUAACUCACACACUGAGAAAAAUACAAAGCCAAACAUCAAAGAGAUUUCUGGUCCAACAACAUGGAAAAUUCUCAGUCAGUUUAUUGGAAUAAUGAUGGCUGUAGUUCUUGGGCUCUUAACAACAUAUUAUGUUGCUAUACUACAUGAAAAUGAUUUAUGGUUCUCCAAUAUUAAGGAAGUGGAAAGGGAGAUCUCUUUCAGGACAGAGUGUGGCUUAUAUUAUUCAUACUAUAAACAAAUGCUUUAUGCCCCAACUUUCAAACAGGGCAUUACUGAUUUAAUUUAUGACAAUAAAACAGAAUCUAUGAGAACAAUUAAUAUUCUAGAGAGAAUGAAUGUGUACCAGGAGGUUGUCCUUGCCGUCAUUUACAAAUACCUGCCUUUUUGGAAUUAUUUGGAGCCAGUUUACUUCUACAUUUACACUCUGUUUGGGCUUCAAACCUUGUAUGUAACUGCUCUCUACAUUAGCAGCUGGUUGCUCAGCAAAACAUGGCUUUCUGGGUUACUAACAGCAUUAUGGUAUAUUGUUAACAGGGUUGAUACUACAAGAGUUGAGUUUACAAUUCCUUUAAGAGAGAAUUGGGCACUACCAUUUUUUGCUGUUCAAAUAGCAGGAAUUACCUAUUUGCUCAGACCUGAUUUAACAGCUCUUAGGGAAAGAAUGGCCUUUAUUGUGGUCUUUAUUUCAACAUUCAUCUUUAGCAUUACUUGGCAGUUCAACCAGUUUGUUUUGCUACUCCAAGCAGUUGUCCUGUUUGCUCUUGAUUGUGCGGACAUGAUUCCCACUAUAAAGGUAGCAAAACUGUACCUGAUACAAGUUACUUGCCUGCUGGCGGUUUGUGUGCUGCAGUUUAAUAAUACCAUGAUUCUGGGAUCCCUUGUGCUCAGCUUUGUUAUUGCAGCAAUGCUAGUUAGAAGACUUCAGAGAAACCUAAAAAGGGGAGAUCUUCUGAAGAGACUUUGUAAUCUCACCAUUCAUAUACUCUUGGUUCUCUUUUUGACUUGGUGCAUAAAUACAACAAUUAAGAAAUUGCUUAACCUGCAGUCUGAUGAACAUAUUUUCAAAUUUAUUCAAGCUAAAAUUGGUUUUGAGAAAACAAGGGACUUUGAUGCCAGCCUCUACUUGUGUGAAGAAGCUUUCCGCCAACUCCCGUUUGAUACUUUUCACAGAUUUUCUGAUACACUUUUGCUUUAUCCUUAUCUUUGUGUCCUCUUUAUCUUGACCAUGGCUGCCUUAGCUACUACUUUUAACAAUCUCAGUUCAUCAAAUACAGAGAAAGAGAAAAAGAAGCAAAUCUAUGUGAAACCAGAUGUUGCCUACAAUUUAAUGCAUACUAUUUUGUUUGGGUGUUUGGCUCUCAGCACAAUGAGGAUGAAGUAUCUUUGGACAUCACAUAUGUGUGUGUUUGCAUCAUUUGGACUGUUCAGUAUAGAAGUCUGGGGAAUGCUUUUGAAAUGCUUCCGCCUAUAUACAGCACAGAGGGCCAACAUUGUGAGAUAUUCUGUGUCUAUCACUGUUAUCAUUUAUCUGAUCUUAAAGUUCUGUCCAAGGAUAAUGGAAGAGCUCUCUGAAUUGCGAGAAUUUUAUGAUCCUGAUACCGUGCAGUUAAUGAACUGGAUCAAGCAGAACACCCCAAAGAAUGCAGUAUUUGCUGGGAGUAUGCAGUUGCUAGCUGGAGUGAAACUUUGUACUGGGAGAGUUCUAACCAAUCACCCACAUUAUGAGGACAAGACACUCAGAGAAAGGACAAAACAGGUAUACCAGGUAUAUGCAAAGAGGUCUCCUGAAGAUGUGCACAGCAUACUGAAGUCAUUUGGAACAAAUUAUGCAAUAUUAGAGGACAGCAUAUGCUAUGAAAGACGACAUGGUAGAGGCUGCAGGCUGCGGGAUCUACUGGAUAUUGAUAAUGGACAUAUAAUGGAUGGUCCUGGAGACAAUGACCCUGAUUUGCAGCAUGCGCCCUCUCCCCGUUUUUGUGAUGAAAUAAAGAAAGACCUGCCUUCCUACUCCAAAUAUUUCACCAGAGUGUUUAAGAAUAAAACGUUUCAUGUGUACAGAUUAGCACGGAAAAGUGCACUGAAAUAGCUGCUUCCUGUUCUGGACUAUUUGGCCAGUGUUUCCCCGUAAAAUUCAGUGAGGCAUUAAUUGUUUACUUGUAUCGUUAUAGACUCAGAGCCAAUAACCAGUGACACAUCUGUGACAGUAUUAUUCUUCUGUAUUGUGCUAAGAUCGGAGUAUUUUAUUGUGCUUUUUUCGUGCCGUUUUUGAAUACAAAUCUAAUUGCUUUGGGGUAGGGAUGCACCGAAUCCACUUUUUGGCAUUCGGCCGAAUCCUUGGCGAAAGAUUUGGCCGAAUACAAAUUCCUAAUUUGCAUAUGCAAAUGAGGGCAGAAAACGACAACAUUUUAAAAAAUU